CUGGGGCCACAGCUCCCGAUGAAGCGCUUCGGCAGCCUCAGGGGGAAGAAGAAGCACAAGGAGACCAACCGGAGCACCGAGAGGCGCCAGUCGGAGCCCCAUGGCCUUUUCGCUUCCGGCCUCUCCUCCUCGCCAUCGACGCCCACCCAAGUGGCCAAGCAGCACUCCUUCCCCCUCGAGUCCUAUAAGCAGGAGCCUGAGCGACUGGAAAACCGCAUCUAUGCCUCGUCCUCCCCUGCGGACACGGGCCAGAGGUUCUGCCCGGCCUCCCACAGCCCGGCCCCGGCCUCCGGCAGCAUCCCCGGCUCACUACGCUCCCUCCAGAACC